GCCACUUCAUGUAUAGUUCGUUUGUGCCCACAGAACGCACUUUAGUUUCUUAUGAGACUUUGAGACGAGAUGACAUACUUUUGAGUCACAGAGCUCCUCUAAAGAAAAAUUCAAGCACUAUCAGGGGAAUUUCUAUUUGGAAUUUGUCCCCAAAAAAAGUAUUUUGAGAAAGUGUCGCAUUGGCGAUAAUUUGUCCUAAGUGAAAUUUUUAAGCAAAAGCUCCAACAUUUUCUGUGGUGAAAAUUUUUCUUAAAGAUUGUCUAGUGAACAUUUUGAGCAAAUAUUGAAGUUUUCAUCGGUGAUUGUGUGUUAAAUAUCUUGAUUUGAAUGCCUAUAUGGGAAACUCGUUUCUUGAAUGUGACUUGUUUUAUUAUCGUGUCUUAAAUAACUCACCAAGUGAAUUUGCAUGAUUGAAAUAUACACGAACAGAUUGAGAAGCAAAAAGGUAGAUCUUAUUAGUGGAAAUAGGAGGAAACCUGAAGUGAAUGAGAGGAUAUUAAAUGAGUAUGACUUCCACUAUACUGCAUCCCAUGGCGUGGACCAACGAGAGAUUGUGCCUGAGUGAGAAUACGGGAUUAAAGAAGGCACUCCUCAAGAUGAUCGUCGUGGAAAAUAGCAAUUCUGCCAAGAGCAAUGUGAGUCUCAACACAGAUGGUUAAAUAAUUUAAAAAAAAGAUUUCUAACUCUAAUUUAUAAUCCCACUAAGCCCCCGAAAAAGAAAAGCCCAAAGAAAUAAAGUACAAAAGACUCUUUACAAAUAACAAAAGAUCAAGAAUCUCAAAGUACCAAUCAUGAAUCGCUUCAAAGCCCACGUGGAAGUGAUUCUGCAAAUACUUAAACGAUCUUUGGCAAAUAGCAGCUUCUUAAAACAUUGCACAUAAAAGCACAUAAAAACCUCCAAAGUUUCACCAUUUGCAGGAAACAAAUACGAUCACGCGCGAUCGACGAUUUAAUGACGUCUUUUUGAUCACUGAUCACUGAUAACCAAACUGAAGAUUACUUUUAAAUAUACUAUCACAGUUGUAAAAGUUCACACCGUCCUCCGCAAUUCAAUGAUAUCGCGUAACAGAGGAAAAACCUUUGAGUAUUCACACGAAUAAAAAAGUGAUCUAAUUUCCAAAACUCUGGCAAUUUGAAGGACGGUAAACUGGUAUGAUCUAGUUGGAAAUGACGCAAAACUGCAGAAAUAUUUCGCUAAUUUUUACAGAAAUUGACUUUUUCUAAAAGCACACAAGAAGUGAGAAAAUAAUUUAGUAAUAUAUUGUGGAAAAAAAUAUAGAGAAGAAAAACAUAAUUCUUCAAGCAAACAAGCAAAAUUUUAUCAUUUUAGAAAAAUUAUAAAGUAUUGGAUUGGAUUAAGGAACUGAAAUUUUCAAUUUGAUUAUGGUUUUAAUUUUGAAAAUGUUCUAAACUGUAAAAUAUAUACUCAAGAACGGGUUUUUCUUAAUGUACAUUCAGAGAAGGGUGGGGCAGUUUAGCUUAAGAGAUUAUUUAACACGAUUCUUAUUAUCAAUUUAUUAUUCCAAGAUAAAUAAUUUUUAAAAAAUCAGGAAUUUCAUAGAAUUGCAUAAAAUGUUGAUUCAAAAUUCGUUAUAGUUUAAUCUUUGCCUGCAGAAAUUACAUUUUGAACCCGAAACCGCUUUAAGUUUUCUUUUCAAAAUUAUAUCUAAGAGUCCAACGUAAAUCCGAAAAUCUAAAACGAAAAACUUUCUGAUUUUGUAGCUCCUUCCGAUUUUAUUUUGCUUCACCAAUAAUAAGUUACUUAAGAAAAUAAAAAAAAAUCGACCUAAAAUGUAACAAAAUAAUUAGAAAAUAACAGGGAUAUUUGGAAAAUUUCAACCGUUACUGACGUUUAUUUUCUGAAAGACAUGGAGACUACUUAGGCUGAUUUUCAUCUGGUUUACAACUUUUGUAUAUUAACAAUUUAAAAAUAUUUAAGUAGUUAGUAAAAUUCUAAAAUAUUAAUAUAUUUUCCUAAAAGUAUAAUAUAAUUAAUUACUGUGCAUUUUCUAACAUCAGGUCUAACAUCCUAUCCUCUGUCCUAUUUAUAACAAUUUACGUUUUAAUACUAUUUUCUCAAACGAUAGUUACCGAGUUUAUUUUCUCAUAUUCGAAAUUUAAUUUUUUUUACAUUCAAAUCAAUUAAUGAUACAAGUUUUGUGAUAUUUUAAAAUUCGUUUAAAGAAUCAUACCGGUCGAUAUGCACACGAAGCGAAAAGUGAAAAAAUCUAGUUAUUGAUUUCCGGAAUUUAUCUUCAAAUAUAUUUCGGAUUCACAUACCAAUUUUCGAAUUUUCUUUCUCUUAAAGAAAUCGCUUUUGUAAACAGUAAUGACUAACUUAUGAUUUAUUACUACCUUAGACCUUCGAAUAGCUUCAAAAGCUCUUUUAUUAACAAGAAAUACUUUUAAAGGAAAUAUAUUUAUAAAUCUGCAAAUAUAUAAAUCGAAAACCUAGAAACUCGAUAAUAGUUAAUCAGAUCUUUUAAACCGUUAUAAUUAUAUAUAUGUAUGUAUAUACAUUUUUUUAAAAUUAAGAAACGUAUUUAGAAUGGAAUUUUUAAAGUAGAGUAGAAACCAGAAUUCCGGAUAACGUAAAAUUCCGAAAUAACCAAUUUAGAAUUUCGGACUCCGAUUAUCUACUAAUUCUGUAAUUCUAAGAUACUUCUAUAAUUAGGAUAACUGUACAAAAUUUCAGCAUAGUUGCAUACAAGCGUCAAAGUCUUAAGUUUGAAAUGUAAUAUUUUCAAUACAAAUUUUGAAUUUUUUGUUACUUCUUUUUAAGUUGUGUUGCUUGAAACCUUGCAGAUAGUUUAUUGUCUUUGCUUUCUCUAAAAUAAUUCUUAAUAUAUUUUAAAAUGAAUAAAAUAGCUUUGUGUAAUAUUUCGGUCACUUUGAUUUUCAUAGUUUCUUGCCUUUCCGAAAUUCUUCCAACACAUCAUCUCGUUCACAGAAGCGAGAUUUUUUGAUAUUCUUUUGCAUUGUAUAAUCUUUAGAGCAAGAAAAAACUAAAAAUUCACGAAAAUUUGAAGAACAAAAUAAGUGGCCGAAAUUGCAAGCCAGCCGAAAUUUGGUACAUUUCCCCUUUUUAUAUGAUUUUUUAAUCGAGUUUUAUGAGACACUAAUUUGAUAUCUAGAAUCCCGCGUCAUUCGGAAUACCAAAUUUUUCCUGAUAACCGUUUUUUGCAAAAUUCGUGACCCAUUGUGACGUGCGAAAUCUCUUAUAACCUACCGCAUCUUGAAUUUUUGCAUAAACCAACGUCAAGAGUUAUAUGGAAUUGCUAACGUGGUGAAAGUCUCUGCGGCGGACUUGACGUUAUUAAUUGAUGCAAUUUGUUUUACAAUGUGGACAAAAUAAUGCGCAAGAGGAGCUCAUCGUAUGCGAAAAAAGAGCACAUGGAAAAGAAACUAAAACGAUGACUGGAAAAAAGUGUGAAAUGACGUCAAAUGUUGCGACAGUAAAGUUUCAGUUUGUUUCAAUUUUAGUAGCUUUUUUUUGUGUCAACCGAAAAAAAAACUUAAACUGUAAGUAAUUUAACUUCCUGCAUUAAUUGCUUCAUUGUAGCGCGAACAUUCUCGUGAUUCGUAAUUUUAUUUUUGAAAAUAUGCAAUUCAUUUUAUGGCUCUUGGGAGGAUUGAUAUGGAUAAAUAUUGGGUGGAAUGUUAUUGUUUUUCACAUUGAUCAUUGGACAAUUAAUUUGACUUUCUGCUCACGAUUCAUUCAAAUGAUCGAGCCAUGAUCGUCCAAAAGGGGAUCUUAGCAGGGAAAAAGUUAAAAAUAGCAAAAAAUUAUGUCUUUGAGUAUUCAAAAAUGGAAAGCACCAGCAAUAAAGUAGGUUAUUGUUGAAAGACUCAAGAUAAUGAGUGUUUUAUUUAUAAAAUCAGAGACAAGAAUAAUUAUAACUCCUUAAUGCUAUUCAACAUUGUCUGAAAGUCAAUGAACUAAAAACAAUUAAAAACGAUUAUAACUUCCAAUUGCGAUCACAUGAAUUUUUUAUUUUUUUUUCUCUUUUACCUACUUAACAUUUUUGUCACAAUCAAUAUUCAUUAACGCACUUCUUUAAGACAUUGUAUAAAAUAUCCUUGAAAUGUGAAUUCACUUGUAAAAUUGAGACAAUUAACAGUGGAUUUAUGAAAAUGUCAUUAAUCAAUUCUGUAAAGUAAUACCAAGCCAAUUCAGCCAGUCUUAUGUGGCUCUUUGAAAGGCCAUAAAAAGAAGAAAAAUUAAUCACUGUGUGCUAAAUACGCCUUAUAACGUCACUAAUGUGUGACUCGCCUGCAAAAGUAUUUUGAAAUUGUGGUGCGAUAUUGAAUGAUCGUUCUCAUUGCAUUAGUUGAAUUGACUAAAUGAAUUUUCUAUCUAGCUUUUCCACGGAGAAAAAUUAUUUGUUAUUUGUAAAAAAAAGGCAGCGUAAUAUUGCGUAUCUUAACUAUCGCGCCAGUUUAUUAAAAGACUGUAUAAUAGAGUGGUUUAGGUUAUUAGUUAUUACAUUGUAUACGCGUUGUUACGGGUUGUUAUAAUAACUCUUAAUAGAAUUGCUUAGUGAAAAUUCUCACAAGAGAAAAUGACUGUUUAGCUUCUGUUUUGCACGUACACAUAGUUUUCACCGUGUGUUGAAUUGUGCCACAUUUUUAUCGCUACCUUGUUAUUUGAUAACUAUUAAAAUUACCUUCAGUUCAAAUUGAGGGGUAUAAUGAGCUUCUGGAAAUGCAUUAAAUUGAAAAAUAAAAUUUAAAACAUCAUUAUUUCGCCUUGUAAAAUAUUUCUAACCUCUACUAUACAGUCUUGGAAAAGAGGUUAUUUCAAAAUGUGAGGUUAUGUUGGUUAUAACCUCAAACAAUUACAGCGUGAUUUUAAAAAGAAAACUACAACAUUUUUAGUUUGAAUUCGUGACUUUAUUGCUAAUUUUACCAAAUGGGAAACAAUUAGUCUACAGGUUCUUUUUUUGCAAUUUCCGAUCUAUUUAACAUUUUAAUUUGUACAGUAAGUUCCUCAUAUAUAAUCUGCUCAAAUAUGAACGACGACGGUUGAAUUCAAAAUUCAAAUCCCUUAGGUUCUUGAAAAUAUAAUUCUAAUUUGAGAAGUAAGAAAUACCAUCUGUACCCCCUAAAUGUUCAUAUUUGAGGAACUCGACCGUAUAUCAAUUUCUAACCUUAGAAACCCAAUCUAAAAGUCACAUGUUCUUAUAUUAGACCCGAAAAGUUGUACUUAAAACUACUGAAAAUUUAGUUUUGGUCAAUAAAAAACCAAAUUUAGUUAGUUAAAAAUUAUUCUGAGACAAACCCUAAAUCUUUACUUUUUUCAAGUUUUCUGUAUUACAAUUGUAUAUGUAAAAAAGUCGUUUAUGUUCUAAAAUUGCAGUCGAAUUUUUAAAAAUUUAUUUUGAUUUUUUCUUAUUUACAUUUCUGGAGUAUUGUAUAGAAUUUUAAAAAUUAAAUUAUAAUAUUCGUUUUCUCUAAAAUUAUUCAUAAAAAUAAAUACGAAUAUAAGAUAAUGCUUUGUAUGUUAUAUCGGACACGAAGUUUCUCGAACACCCUUUCCCUGCCGAAACUUUUCCAAUGCUUUUUCUGCAGCAAUUCGUUUGUAAAGCCGACGGUUUUUUAAUUUUCUUUGUUAUUUUGCAUCGCAUAUAGAAUUUCAAAAACUAAAAUUCAAUGAAUUUUUUGAGAAACAAGAGAUGUGUCCGAUAUUGCAAGCGGUACAAAAUUUGGCACUGAUACCUUGAUUCCCUUAUGUUUCCCGUGCAUUCCGUAAUAGUCUAGUCUAGAAGCAUAGAACGCAUAGAACGAUCAAUUCAAGUGACAAUAUGUAAGUGAUAAACCCCUUGUACUUUUUUCCAUUGACACGGGUUUGUCGUGUAUAAUUUAGAGAAAUAAUAGUCAAAGCUAUAAUGGCUAAAACACAAAUUUCCACGUAAUUUGUUUAACUAAAACCCCACAGAGUUUUGCCUAAAAUUUAUGGUUGUGCUUUGAGAACAAGAACAUGUAAAUAAUACUCAAGAAGACUAUAAAUUUGUAGUUGUUUUCCGACAGAUUUUCUAACUUAGCUUUUGCGUUUCACUGGAGCAAAUAUGAGCUCAAAAAAAAAUUUCUAAGCACUGUCACGCAUCAUCUGAUAAAUUUUAUAUCAUUGUUCAAAUAAAUUCACCAUGUCAUUUCCUCAAAUGCCAGAAAUUAGUAAGAAUUGUACAACUGUAAUGAAAUAAUUACAAUCCUCGUGAUGUCGUUUUUUCUAAUUGAGUUUUGACCUAUCUCCAUUAAUUUUGCUUUAGAAAUGGUAGAUUUGGGAGGGAUCUUGUGGGAUCUUGUGGGAUCUAGUGACAUCUAGAUGCACAAAAUAUGAAGAUGUGAAGAUCACCUCCUGACACGAUCAUCCAAUAUUCCUGGGGAUGAUCAGUGACAGUGACAGAUUAGGUUUUUGUUCUCUCUUUGGUUUCUAGACCAAAAAAAUCUUCCCUGACUAAGUCUUAAGUGUACAAUUGAUUGAGAAAAAGGCACAUACUUACCAAGCUGGUGACGGUAAAUAUGUCUCUUCAGAUAGUCAUAUAUAAAUUGUUGUGUGUAAAUAGCCAAAGUCAGGAAAUAUGAGCUCAAGUGAUCGUUGCCUGACGGCUCUUUAUCAGUAAAAAAGCGAAAUACAAGCCAAGAGAAAAAAAGGCGCAAUCAUGGGCCCCCUGACAGGAGAGAGACAGAAAAGGAAGAUCCAAAUGAUCUAACGUGCAAAAAAAAAAGCCUCUAAUCUCCGUAGUCAUGCGAACUAGCAAAAAGAACAUGUUAAACAUGAAUUGAAAGUCUUAUCAGUCAUUUUUUUCAGUCAUAUCAGACAAUAUUUUCUCGCGUGAGGUUGCAUCACAAAAUGAAAAAUGAAUUAUUCUCCCAAAGGUUCUGUAUAUUAUUUAUCACAAAGUGUUGGGUGAUUAGAACGUUUGCAACGCUAGAGAUGGGGACUUCUUACACUCGCUUGAGAUGUAAUCAAAAAUAUGUAAUCAAUAAUAUCAACAGUGACUUCCUAACAAAUCGCAAUUUACCGACACAUGACAACAUGUCUCUGCUGAAAUUCUUCGCAAUUAACGCAUUGGAAUUAAGUGCUCCGGCUUCCCCGUUGCUCCUUCAGCAGAGCAAUUCCACAAAUGUGGUGACUCCCGGAUGGCUUCAAUUAUCCGGUCAUCCUGAAAGUAUUGCUCCAGCUGCCAAUGGCAUUGUGAGGAAGCGUGUUAGUGGACCAACGGACAGUGAGAUUGUGGCGUAUGGAGCCCUAUCAGCUGAUCCAUGUGCAUCAAAGAUCGUUCCCAAAUACAUCGGUUACCGGGAAAUAAAUGGGGAAUACUACAUUGAGUUACAGGACCUGCUGCAUGGCUUCAAGGAGCCCAAUGUCAUGGACAUCAAAAUGGGUUGUCGUACAUUUUUGGAAUCCGAGGUGACCAACAAGACUCUGCGACCUGAUCUCUACAAGAAGAUGAUCCUUGUAGAUCCGGAAGCACCAACGGAGGAGGAGCACAAGGCUCAAGCGGUAACUAAGCUGCGGUAUAUGCUGUUUCGGGAGCAGAUGUCUUCGAGUCAGACAAAGGGAUUCCGCAUUGAGGCGAUGAAGAUCAAGGGAUCCACUCCAAUCACGGAUCUCAAGACCAUCAAGAGUGACAGUGAUGUGAGUCAAUUGGUGGGAAAUUUUCUGCAGAAACGCCGCGGAGUCACGAAGGAACUAAUCAAGAGACUGAGAAAUAUGAGGUCACUCAUUGAGAAGAGUGACUACUUCAAGAGCCACGAAGUUGUGGGCAGCAGUGUAUUCAUCGUUUACGAUGAUCACCAUGUUGGUGCUUGGAUGAUCGAUUUUGCCAAGAACAAAGUCUUGCCUGAGGGUGUUCACGUGGAUCACCGGAAGCCCUGGAUUCCCGGAAAUUGCGAGGAGGGUCUCCUGCAUGGAAUGGACCAACUGAUAAAGGUGUGUGAAGGAGUCUAUGAAGAUUCCAAAUAGACUGAUGAUCACACAAGAUCCUCCGUUGAGACUGAUUUUACUCAAUCCUAAGGGAAAUCCCUGAAGAAAAUCCACGCUCCAAGUAUUAACCGCCAUAAGAGAACAUCAAGAUUUGGAGGAAGAUUGUUCUUAAUAGCAUUUCUAUAUGCUUACAAAUUUAAAAUGCAGAUCUGUUACUUAAUUUUCCAAAUGCUCGAUCGUCUUAUCGAGAAACUCUUAAGAGAUUGCGCAGAGAUAGAGAAAAGGGAAUGACUCACAAAAUGCCCAAAAAGAACUUGAAUCAUUUAUCAUGAAUCAAAGACAGGGGAAAAACUAAUUUCCCAGCCAUUCAACAAAAUACUUUUUACCUUAAAAGGCAUUCAUACAGACUUCUGUAAGAAAAUAAAGAGGAAUUUUUGAGACAUCUUUUCGUCUCUGCAGUGUACAUAAAUUAAACACAUUAGCAAAAGAAUAAUAUUUGAUGAGUUUUGGAGGAGAAUGUUCAUAGCAAUUUUAGCAUUGUAUUUCAUUUUCUUAUUUAAGCUGAAAGGCGAUUACAGCCAAAAAUAUUUUUCCACAUUGGAAAUAUUUAUUAAUGAAAAGAAAUUAAAAAUUUAGUAGGUGUUUAGAAUAAAGAAAAUCUCAUAAAAUAAUUUUAAAAAAAAGCUUUGAGUGAGAAUAAUACGGAUUUUUGUAAGAGAAAUUUUGUAGUAUUUAUUGACUUAAUUUUUUUUCAAACAUAAUAAUGAAAUAAAAGUUAUUUCUUAAUCAUAAAAAA